AUGAACAGACUUGUGUCGCCGAAAUGCCUCAGAUGCCCGACCUUUCAGGCAGGCAAAUGUUCUGCGGCUACUAAGCGACCACUGAAGACAGACGCAACGCCGCUCACUCGCAAGGACAAACAAGAGGGUGAUAUUUCGUCUGUUUUUUCUACCUUCUCCGGCAGAAAGAGCCCACCGCUGCCAGACCGGUUCCGAGAUCUGAAGCGAAACUUGACUGCUGGCUUUGAAGAGGAGAUUCAAAAGUCAUGGGAUGAACUUGUUGAAGUUCUGAAGGUCCGGACUGAAGAGGUUGCUACCAAGCGAGAAUCUAUUAUUCCUCGACUCAACUUUGCGGAUAUUCAAGCCGGCAAUGUAUCAGCCGCGAACAAAGAAGCAAUUCGACGGACUGGUGUUGCUGUCAUCAGGGGUGUCGUACCACAGAAAAACGCUGAAGCGCUCCUCGCUGAUGUUCGAAAAUACUUCGAGAGACAUCCCUUCAAAGGCUUCCCAGCCGAUGCAGCCAAUAAGGUCAUUUACGAAUCGUACUGGAGUCCCUCUCAGGUAAAGGCACGCUCGCAUCCAAACAUGCUUGCCACGCAAUCUUGGAUGAACCAAUUUUAUUCUGCGGCUCCAGAUCAAAAGAUUGACCUGUCGGUUCCAUUGACCUACUGUGACCGUGUCCAGAUCCGGCCACCCGGAGAUACUCAUUUUGGACUUCCCCCUCACGUUGAUGGCGGAGGAGUUGAGCGAUGGGAGGAUCCGGCUUACAACCAUGUGUACCGCAAAAUUUUCCAAGGAAAGUGGAAAGAAUAUGACCCAUGGGAUUUGACUGGUCGUCUAGAUGCCAACAUGAACAUGUAUGAAGCCCCAGGAGGGUGCUCUGUUUUCAGAGCUUUCCAGAGCUGGCUCGGUCUGUCUCGACAUGGACCCCAGGAAGGUACUCUCGUCGUCCAUCCCAUCCUACAACCAACCACUGCCUACUGGAUGCUUCGGCCUUUCUUCAAGCCUACGCGCAAGGGGUCUCUUGAUGGAUGGAAAUUCUCUUUUGAUGAUGAGGAGGGACAGAAUUAUCUACACGGUGCUAAUCCAGGAACGGCCCAAGAACAUACACCUGACCAUCAUCCUCACCUCAGACUCCAGGAUACCAUGAUUCCAUAUCCUACAGUUGAGCCAGGUGACACAGUGUUCUGGAGUGCGGAUACUAUUCAUGGCACAGAGACUGUCAACGCUGGAGACAACGAUGCCUGUGUGUUCUAUAUUCCAUCUGUCCCAUUGACCCCAAACAAUGCGCAAUACAUCGCCCAACAACGUGAUGCCUUUCUAAAGGGUGUUCCACCUCCCGACUUCCCCGGUGGUCUGGGUGAGACUGGCUUCCCCGACAGAGCAAAUGUUAAGGAUAUUCAAUCGGAGGCCGGAAGAGUGGCAAUGGGUCUUGAUCCAGUCAAUUUGAAGGGAAGAAACAACAACCUUGAGAAGGAGAUCAACGAUAUCUUGUUUCCAUGA